AUGAUUUUGAUUAAUGUUUUUGGAGAAUAUAUACAAAAUAAUUUAUAUUCAAAUAUGGACAGACCAAAUAAAAAGAGAAGAACCAUUCCAGAUGUUGAUCCAAGAGCAAUAGAUGAAGCAAACAACCAAAAAAUUGCCGAUGACAUAGAAAAGGAGAUUGAUAAAGCAAAAGAUGAUGUUAUCAUUAAGAAAAUGAAAUUAGAAAAUCUAAAUUCAAGAUUUAAAAGACCACAUAAUUAUGAAGAGAAUUUAGAAAUCUCCAGAUUAGAAAAUGAAAUAAAGGAUGGAAAAGAAGAAAUAAUUGAAAAGUUAUAUUUAUUAAAACAAGUAGACAAUAACAAAGUCAUCCAUGCCAUAUCUUUAAGAAAUAUGGAAAUUAAAGUUAAAGAAUUGGAACAAUCCCUUCAAAACGCUCAAGACAGCUAUGAAACAGAGGAAAACAAACUUACAACCGAAAAAAUAAACUGUAAAGAAAUAACUAGAAUAUAUAAAUCUCAAUUAGAAGAAAUUGAAAAAGAAAAUGAGUUAUUAGAAUUGAAACUCGCUGCUAUAAUUGAGGAGAAUGAAGAAAUUGAAAAAGAAAUAGAAGAAAUUCUAAAAAAAAAUAAUAAGAGAAUAUUAAAAAAUGAAUCGAUUGAAGUUAUGUUAAGACAAUCUGAAGAGGAGAUAGUUAGAUUGGAAAAUGUUUUGUCUGAAAUGGUUCACAAUAGAAUAAACAAAAUGGAAAACUAG